UCUCAUACUUUUUCAUACUUCUAUACUUCAGAAAUACAGAAGUAUGUUGUUUCUCCCUUAAGUACGAGACAAUGCGAAACAGAUGGGCUGAUUUUCCUAAUUUUCUCAUCCGACUGAAUGUUGGAAAAAAACUGUGCGCCUUUUUCCAGAGAAAGUAGGUCCCAAAAUUUUGCUAGUACGACUUUCGCCAAUUAUUGAGGAAAUUUCACUCACUCAAGAAAGCGAAUAAUUCUUAGAAGUGAAACAUUUUCAGUGCAAUACUCUGGUAAUCAAACAUAAACAUAAUAGAGCCACUGUAAUCGCUAACGACAGCUCUCGCCAUAUCCAUCAUAGACCAUGACGAGUCAAAAGUUUUUUCCGACUUGUCUUUCAACAUCGGUAUGGCAGGCUGAUUGAUGGCGUCACAUUUUUUGUCAUAUACUGCGAUACUUAUUCACAAUCGUUUUUCGUAAAAUGAGAAAGUGGCUGACUUUUUAUUUCUCUCUGCCGAAAAUGCGACCUGACAUUCAUAUUUAUAAAGAAGUGAAACUUUACAGCUUCAGUUAUCGAAUAAUCGGCAUUUCAAAACAGCUAUUGUAAUGUGUUGAGGUUGUAGACGUCUGUCGUUUAAAGCAUAGUUCAGUGUCACACUUGGAUGGUACUGAAAAAAUGGGAUAAGAACUCAAGCAUGCACUACUGGUUCACCUAAUCUGAUUUUGUGAUCGUUUCAGAUUCGUCACUCGCACCUUCUCAUCCUCAUCAGUACAAUGAAUCCAAUUAUCCAUCGUCCGUAUCUUCUCACCCUUCUUCUCAAGAACAAAGACUGUUGGAUUGCGGUGGUCCUGCUUACAAUGAUUCCGGUACAUGUUAUCACUCAUAA